GAAAGAAGAGGAAAGCAAAGAAAGCCGAGGGAAAAAAAUUUGUUGGCUUGGGAUUUGGUAAAGCGCUAAAGAAGAUGGAUCCCAUUAUUAGCGAAGUGUUGGUGUUGUUCUUUGCGUUUUUGCUUGGGAGUGGAAAUGCUCAAGAUUCUACCACUUUGGUGCCUGCUAUCAUUACUUUUGGUGAUUCUGCCGUGGAUGUGGGAAAUAAUAACUAUCUUUACACUAUUUUUAAGGCCAAUUACCCUCCAUACGGUAAGGACUUUGUGAAUCAUCAGCCCACUGGCAGGUUUUGCAAUGGAAAACUUGCAACUGAUUUCACUGCUCAAAAUUUAGGAUUCAAGACCUUUCCAUUACCGUACCUUAGCCCAGAGGCAUCAGGUAAGAAUCUUCUCAUUGGAGUCAACUUUGCUUCAGCUGCAUCUGGUUAUGAUGAGAAUGCUGCCUUCUUAAAUCAUGCACUCUCACUAUCCCAACAAGUUGGGUUGUUCAAGGAGUACCAGGCCAAGCUGGCUAAGGUAGCUGGUAAUGAAAAAGCAGCAUCCAUAAUCAAGGAGGCACUCUACUUGCUAAGUGCAGGAAGUGGUGAUUUUCUGCAGAACUAUUACAUCAAUCCUUAUAUUAACAAGGUCUACACAGCCGAUCAGUACGGGACGAUGCUCAUUGGAGCUUUUACAACAUUUGUUAAGAAUAUAUAUGGUCUAGGAGCUAGGAGACUUGGAGUGACUUCACUUCCUCCAUUAGGUUGCUUUCCCGCUGCUCUCACCCUGUUUGGCAACCAUCAAAGCGGUUGUGUCUCAAGGAUCAAUACUGAUGCGCAAGCCUUCAACAAGAAGCUGAAUUCUGCUGCAGAAAGUCUGAAAAAACAACUUCCAGGGUUUAAAAUUGUCAUCUUCGACAUUUACAAGCCACUCUACGAUGUCAUCAGUUCUCCAUCUAAAAAUGGCUUUGUGGAGGCCAGAAAAGGGUGCUGUGGAACAGGGACAGUGGAGACAACAUCACUUUUGUGCAAUCCCAAGUCCUUGGGUGGAACUUGCUCUAAUGCAACUCAAUAUGUGUUCUGGGAUAGUGUGCAUCCAUCAGAGGCUGCAAAUCAAGUUCUUGCCGAUGCCUUGAUUCUCCAGGGAUUCGCUCUCCUCUAGAUCACUAAAUUCCAUGCCCCUCAUCUGCAAUGCAAAAGUUUGUACUGUGCUUUAUUUUAUUUAUGUGAGGAAAUUUGUUCCAUGUAGUGAUAUUAUUAUAAGUUACUUGUGUGAUAAUCCUGUUUUGGGAGUCUGUCAUAUUGUAAGUUUUAGGUUAAUUAGGCAUGGAAUUGGGUUUUCCAUGUGAGUUUAUGAUCUAUAAAAGCUGGUAAUUAGCAUUAAACAUAGAUUUUGUAGCUUAUGGGUGAAUUAAAUUUGAAGGCUUUGGAUGAAUAAAUCCUUAUACCAAAUCAAAAGCUUGGGUUCUUAACAUCAA